AUGAGGUAUUUGCCACGGCUCAGAGAUGGAAAAGCUGCUCCAAUGCCUUGGCCUUUGGCGAUGUAUCGUCGGCUCAAUCACAUCGCCUGGCCUCUGGAGGAUGGCGUCAGUCGUCGAGCAGUGCUGCUAGAGCGCUUCGUCAUCUUUGUGGGAUUUCUGGUAUUUUGCCUGCACAACGAAGUGGAUAUGCAUUAUUGCUUGGCCUAUAGAAAGGAUAUCGAUAAGAUGCUCACGGGCAUGCCCACUUACCUUGUGCUGUUCGAGCUGCAGAUACGCGGCUUUCAGCUGGCUGUGAAGAAGGACGCGUUCAAGCGCCUGCUACAGAAAUACUAUGCGGACAUCUAUGUUACUCAGGAAGCGGAGCCUGCGAUCUUUGCUCGCAUUCAAAGGCAGAUGCUGGCCACACGUCUCAACUCGGCGGCUUAUCUAUUGGCUUUACUGAACUUCUCUCUGGUGCCGGUGCAGAAUAUUAUUUACCAUCGACGGGAUAUGCUCUAUCAGCAAAUUUAUUUAUUCGAUAAUACGAAGCUGUAUUUCUUCAUACCCUUGAUAUGCGCCAACUACUGGGUGGGCAUUAUCAUAACGUCGAUGCUCUUUGGCGAGCUGAAUGUGCUCGGAGAGCUGAUGACACAUCUAAAUGCGCGCUAUGAACUGCUGAGACGGGAUCUGAACGGGAUGGCCAAGCAGUUGCUGGAGAGUGCACACCCUGCAGAGAUUGCUGCGAAAUAUAGAAGAGCAGUCAUCCAUAUACUUCGUCGCAAUGCUGCUUUGAAUCAAUUUGGCCAAGAAAUGGAAUUGGAAUUUAGUUUUCGUAUUUUCGUAUUGUUUGCUUUUAGUGCUGCUCUGCUGUGCGCCAUGGGGUUUAAGGCUUAUACGAAUCCAGCUGGAAAUAUUGUCUACAUCGUUUGGUUUGCAGCAAAGUUGUGUGAGCUCUUGGCUUUGGGCAUGCUUGGCUCGAUCCUCUAUGCAACAACGGAUGGGCUGAGCCUUAUGUAUUACACUUGUGACUGGGAGCAUAUCGUCUACAAGUCAAGCAAUGCACCGGAAAAUGUCCAACUUAUGAAGCUCAUCACAUUGGCUAUCGAAAUAAAUUCACGACCAUUUUGCCUAACAGGCUUAAAGUACUUUCGUGUCACUUUAGUAGCUGUGCUUAAGAUAAUACAAGGCGCAUUCUCUUACUUUACUUUUCUAACUUCAAUGCGCUAA